GUUACAUUUAUUUUAAUAACAAACAUUUCCAAUAUCUUUACGUAAAAUGUUACAAUCGAUUACAGGCGAACACAGCAUUCAUAAAUAAUAUUCUUUAAAUUAUCAAUUAAUAACACUAGCAAUGGAUAGCAUAUUUAAACCAGCCAUUUAUUUUUGAACGAUCAUUACUGUAGCUAACACUAAAUGUGUAGCACAUGUUUGAAUAACUAGUUUAAUAAGCAGCUGCUUUUAUUUUUUUCUCUGCCAUACUACAGACCAGUAGACGCCGCUUCCUACGAAAAUAAUAGCAUGUGGCGAUCGUACUGCCGUCCCUACAUCGACAAGCAUUGGACGUGUUUUGUAAUCAAACAUUAUAAUCAAAUAAAAAAUACUUUGUUAUCAAUAAAAUAGUAAAACUGUGCCGUAAUGAAGUGGGUGUUAUUAUUAAGUCUGAUAUAUUAUCUAAGUGAUGUGGAAGGUUUAAAAGUGUUGGUAUGUUACCCUUUACCCAUGAAGAGUAUAAGCAUUUUGGGACAAGCAGCAGUCAGGCAUCUGAUUGAAGCUGGACAUGAUGUAACAUACAUAACAGUGUAUCCACUGAACAUAAAAGCGAAAAAUCUCCGUCAAAUUGAUAUCAGCAGCAACACUGCUCUGUUGGCCAAUGACGAAACAAUGACAAUGGGAUACUUUCUCCAUAAUAAACUAGAAAGAAACCAUCCAUAUCAGCUUCAAAAAAUAGCUCUAGAAGCUGCUAGAAUGACUCUUAACCACGAAAACGUGAAGAAACUCCUGGAAGACCCGAAUGAGCGUUUUGACGUUAUCAUUGCCGACUUGAUUGAAUCAGAAGUGUACGCUGGAUUUUCCGUUUUAUACAACUGUCCCAUGGUAUGGCUCUACUCUAUGGGGGCGCAUUGGCAAGUACUGCGACUGAUAGACGUGGCUUCGAACCCUGCUUACGACCCGGACUACUUAUCACCAAACAUGCCUCCAUUCACAUUCGCACAAAGAGUGGAAGAACUGUGGUCGAGGAUUUAUUGGCAAUACCUUAAAACAUUCUACACGCAACCUGAGGAGCGCAAAAUAUACGAGGCAGUCUUUGGUCCUCUAGUAGCAAAACGUGGAAGAACGCUACCAGAUUAUGAAGAUGUCAUAUUUAAUGCGUCACUAAUACUCGCGAAUGAGCAUGACGCUACACUCAACCGAGCGAGUACACCACAGAACUUUAAGUACAUCGGUGGGUGCCAUAUUGAGGAACCUGUAAAGCCACUGCCAAAGGAUCUCCAAGACCUUAUAGAUAAUUCGAAGAAUGGCGUCAUAUAUUUCAGUAUGGGAUCGGUUCUACAAAGCAAGUCUUUACCAAAGGAACUAGUCACGGAAUUACUUCAGAUGUUUGGCGAAUUCAAACAAACAGUUAUUUGGAAAUUCGAGGAUAAUAGCUUAGUUAAUGUUCCAAAGAAUGUACGAAUCGUGAACUGGGCUCCACAGCAAAGUAUUUUAGCUCAUCCCAACGUCAGAAUGUUCAUCUCACAUGGAGGUCAACUAUCUUCUUUAGAAACCAUCCACUUUGGAAAGCCUAUCAUUGGAGUACCAGUAUUCUUCGACCAGUACACCAAUAUCUAUAAGGCAGUUCAAAAUGGAUAUGCUCUCAAAGUUCCGUUUUCCCAAAAUUUGCCAAAAGACUUGAAACCUGCCAUUAAUUUGAUGUUAACUGAUGAUCGUUACGCCAAUAAAGCCAAAGAGCUGUCUGCUCUUUACCACGAUCGUUUGACUGCACCUGGUGCAGUUUUUCUGCAUUGGGUGGAAUACGUAGUGCGCACACGCGGUGCUCAUCACCUGCGCUCUCCAGCACGCCACGUACCUUUAUACCAACGUCUUUAUCUCGAUCUCAUAGCUUUAAUCUUGACUAUUGUGUCUGUACUGAUUUAUAUUCUAAGUAAAAUAUGCAAAAAGAAACAUGUUAAAAGAAAUGAUCAGAAGAAAAGAAAUUGAUGUUUUAAAAAAAAGUGUGUCACAAGAUAGUGAUUAUGUAGAUAAUAUCUACCUGGAUUAUAGAUUGUACAUGGUUAAGAUUUGUCAUCAAAUUUUCUAGUUAUAAUACUCAUUGUACAGUUUUAUAGAAAACUAACAAUUAUAAUGGCUUACUCAUGUAACUAUUUGACGAGGAACUUGACUAGUUUCAAACCAUGUUAGAGGCUCGUAGUCCUUACAGCAUUCCGCAUUCCGCAACACACGGCGCGGCGAUUAUUGCAAUGAUGGGUGCAAGCCCAUAAUCAUUAAUUAAUUUAGUAUGACACGUUGGAGUUGGAGUCUGUCAGUGAACUUUUUGUUUUUGUUACAUUCGAAUAAAAUACUAGAAGUCUA